AUGGAUUUCCCGAGAUCCCGGAAUUCCCCCAUCCCACAGGAGCAGGAGCUGGAGCAGCAGCGGGAGGAGCUGCAGCGGGCGCGGGAAGCGCUGGAGGAGGAGCGGGAGGAGAAGCGGGAGCUGAGGGAGAGGCUGGAAGGGCUGGAGAAGGAAGUGGGAUCGCUCCGGGAGCAGCUGGCACAGCCACCUCAGAGCCACCCCGAGGUGCCACCGCCGCCACCGCUGCCACCGCCCGCUGCCACCGCCGUCCCCGCCGACCCCCUGGCCACCCUCCGGCAGAGGAAGGCGCGGAAAAGCCGGGAGCAAAGUGACUCAGGGACAGAGGACAUCCAUGCCCGGGCCGUGCAGGAGAUGCUGGAGCGCAUCCGGACCGGGAUCGUCCUGCGGCCGGCCAGGGCCAGGCCAUCCCCGUGCCAGGACUCCAUGACCAGCAAGAGGAGGAGCGCAGCGCUGGAGCUGCAGGGGAUCCUGGGUGCCCUGCGGAGGCCGAGCCGGAGGCGCAGCCGGAAGAGCCGGGAUCAGCAGCUGGGAUCCAUCCUGGAGCUGGGACCCAUCCUGGAGCGGCGGCGCCGGGCCCUGGACGUGUCCAUGGGGGAUUCCGUGGUUCCAUGA